UUUGUUUUGUUUUUGAAACACACACACCCAGCCUAACAUGUCUGACCUUCUCGAUGAAGCCGUGCCCGAGCUGAACGCGACGGAAGCCGAGCUCACUCCGCAGCAGAGCAACGACAACGACAACAACAGCACCAGCAGCGACAACGGCAACAACAACGCUGCGGCUGCCCACUCGUCCGGCUCGGACAACGAGUACGACAAGCUCGAGGAAGAGGACAAUCGCAUUGAUGACGAGGCUGUCGUCAGCCACCAGCCCGAGCCCGUCGCUGCUGCUGCUGCUCCUGCUCCUGCUCCUGUUGCCGCUGUCGUUGCUGCUCCUGCUCUUGCUCCUGCACCCGCGCCUGCUCCUGCACCCGUGGCUGCUGCUCCUGCCUCAGUGGCUCCCGAGUCCAAGAAGCCGUCCUCUUCGUCUUCUUCGUCCUCUGCUGCUGCUGCUGCUGCUUCGACAUCCGCCAGCGCGUCCUCCUCCUCCAAGGGCCCCAUCGUUCUCUGCUCUGGCUGCACCAGCUCGUCCUGCAGCGUCUCGUCGUGCGACCUGCUGUACUGGAAAAACCCCGUCCACUCUGGCCUCGCAUUGGUCGCUGGCGUCGUUGCCAUCUGGGUGCUCUUCCUGUCCAAGACGACGCUCGUGGCGAUGGCUGCGUACGCCACCCUUGCCACGCUCAUCAGCGCCAUUGCCUACGUCCACGGCUCGCAGCUCUACCUCACCAUCAUCAAGAAGCAGCCCGCAGUCCACCCUUUCGAAGCAUUCCUCAACAACGAAGUGCACAUUGUCAACCCCGAUGUCGCUGCUGAACAUGUCCGCCGCACGCUCGCCUGCACCCAUGCCUGCCUGCAGAAGGUGAAGGGCAUUGUGCUCGUCGCCGACCUCAAGACCACUGCCACUUUCGCUGCUGGUGCCGCUGGCGUCGCCCUCGUUAGCUGCCUCUUUGGCUGCAUCCUCAAGUUUGGCUGCGUCUUGCUUGCUACCCACAUUGGCCUUUUCACGAUUCCCAAGAUCUACCAACUCUACCAACCCCAAAUUGAUGCCCAGAUUGCCGCCCUUCGUGCUCGCGCUCAGCAGCUGUUCCACCAAGCCUCCCAGAAGGUCACGGAUGCAGCCCGCAAGAAGAAGCAGCAGUAAUUUGUCGCUUCCUGUCGCCCUGUGUUCUGCUCGGUUGAAAAGUCAGCCCCCUGUGUUUUUGCAAUUCGUUUUACCACCAAUACAUAAUCAGUUUGCC